AUGCCCAAAUGUAGCUCUCAGUGGCUACCAACUUCUGCCAAUGCCCGAACUUUGCAUGAAGAUGAUGCCGUGCUCACACGUUUCUACAGUCGUGUGCAGGCAACCAUCGCAAAGCUCGAACGAUCGUCAGAGACAGUUCCAGCCGCCAGUAUUACGUCUCUUUGUGAGUGCGCUCCUCAAGACACCGCCAAGAUUUCAUUCUCAAACUUCAGAGCGUCUUUUAGUAGCAAUGUUAACUAUCUUAAGAAGAGCGCCCGACGGUUCUCGUCCGGCGACUUGUCCGAUUUUGACGACGACGGAGAGGCGAAUAUUCGCAAGCAGGAGGUCAUCACCCAACAGGUCGGCGCUCGAAAGGUGAGCAACAGCAGCAGCGUUUCUGGCAUCGGAUCCACGGCAUCAACACCAGGCAGCAGUCAACCGGCGAGCAGCAGUAGAGCCGCCCCUAUUGCUGGCCCCAGCGGCGCGUCCCUCGGGGGUGCAGGAAGCAACUCUGCCAUGAACACCGUCGGGACGCCGUCCUCUUCCAGCGGCUUCGGCAGCGCGGCAGACAGCACCAGCGGAGGGAGCGGCCCCAGCGUCGGGGGAUUUAGUCUGAACUUCUCGAGGCCAGGUUCACGUACAACUUCUGCCCCUACCUCACCCUCCAAAACUAGGGAGAGCUUUUUACAGCGGGUCUCAUCUCUGACGGGGGCGGUGAGGGGUGAAGUGACGCAGCAAAAGCCAGCCUACAACAAGGACCGCUGCCUCAACCUGCUCGUCAUAGACGAUCAGAACACCGACUGGUCGAAAUAUUUCCGCGGUAAAAAGAUCCACGGCGACUGGGACAUCCGCGUGGAGCAAAGCGAGUUCCGCGAGCUGAGCGUGAGCGCCGCCUCUGACGGUGGCGCUCUCGUGGCAAUCGGCAGGAAUGGAGGCAAAGUUAUCCGGUCGUUCCGACCAGACUUCGUAUUUAUCCGACAAAACAUGCGCGACGCUGGAGAAGAUUAUAAGAAAAUUCUUCUUGCCCUUAAAUUCGGUGGAGUGCCAUCAAUUAACUCCAUUCAGGCGAUCUACAACUUUCAGGAUAAGCCUUGGGUUUUCGCUCAUCUCUUGGAGAUUCAAAAGCGACUGGGCAAGGAGCGGUUUCCUCUCAUCGAACAAAACUACUACCCAAGCCAUCGAGAAAUGGUGUCGGCUGCUCGGUAUCCGUGUGUGUUCAAGAUCGGUCACGCACACGGAGGGCUGGGGAAAGUGCGGGUAGAAAGCAAUGCGGACUUCCAAGACAUGGCUUCAGUGGUGGCCGUAGCCAACACGUACGCCACCACCGAGCCAUACAUCGACUCCAAAUUUGACAUUCAUGUUCAGAAAAUUGGAGGCAGUUAUAAAUGCUUCCAGCGGAAAUCUAUAUCCGGAAACUGGAAAACCAACACCGGUUCUGCCAUGCUCGAACAAAUCGCGAUGACCGAGCGCUACAAGCUCUGGGUAGACGAGGUGUCACUGCUGUUCGGAGGCCUAGCCAUCUGCGCCAUAGAAGCGAUCGUGGACAAGAGCGGCAAGGAGCACAUCAUCGAAGUGAACGACUGCGCCUUGCCCCUCAUGGGCGACACGCAGGAGGACGAUAGGCGGUACAUGGCAGAACUGGUGGCUACGAAAAUGCAGUCAAGCACACGUACAUCCACCGACAUUCAGCGAGGGUCUUCACGAAGUAGCAUGGGAGUGUCGUCCACUUCUGGUGCUCCUCCAACGGGUGAAGUGAAGGCUCCGCCACCCAAACCACCUCCACCGGUCACCACCCAGAUGUCCAUGGGUGCCGUGUCACCCACGGAGGACUCGAGUGCACGACUCAGCACGACCGAACCCACGUCUUCAACCACCCAAGGAGGUUCACCCAACGCCCAAAGAAGAGACUCGCAAGCAUCUCAGUCGAGUAGCAUGAGCGGCUUCAGCAGCGCCAGCAGCGCUAGGAGACCGGAAGACCAGCAGAGUCAGCCAGUCAAGACCGGUCACUUCGGCAGACAGACUUCAGCGACGAACGAGAACCCGGACGACACAGAAGAUACCAUGAAGAAUCUACGCAAGACUUUUGCCGGUAUUUUCGGUGACAUGUAGACGAAGGGACAUUGGUUUUUAAAUUAACUCAUCACGUUGGUCAUCCGAAAAAGUUUUUUUUUUACUUUUUCCACUCGUACGCUCAAAUCGUAAUUAGUUUGACGGAUUUUAUGGAAAGUUUUAUCGGGAAGUAAUAAUCAUUUUGUUACUCAGUUUGAUUAUCGUCACCGCAAGUAAGCAUGGUUUAUCUUCAGCUGGAAUAAAUGAGGAAAAUUCCGGAAAAAUUCUAAAAUUAAUCGUAGAUCUCAGCAUUAUUUUAAUUAAAUGACUUGCACAAUAAGAUAUAUUACAUGGAGAAGUGAUGAAUAUUCAAGAUAUCAUUUUAAUAAAAUCAUUAUUAUAAAUUCAAUAACAGUUUUAAAAUAAAUUUCGAGGCCACCACAAGUAAUAAGCAGUUUAUCUCUGCAAGCAAAGAUGCAAAUCCCUUAUCUGAACGAAGAGGGAAACAUAAUCCCAGUGGCUUUCACAUAAUGUUAAGUAUUGAAUUCUCGUGAAAUAUCUCCAUCCCUCCAUAACUUUACCAUUAGUAGACGGAAUAUUUUACCCUUUACCUUCAAAGUAUGGACUGCUCGUUGCGGUGCUGCUCCCUUGACUACAAACUGCCAGCAAUACCGAUUUUUUACCGGAUAUACUUUUUCUGAUCUCAAUGAAAGCUAACUACAUUAUUGACAUAAAGAGUUAUUUGAAAGAAUAAAUUUAACCAUUGUAAUGAUUCAAGAAGAAAAGAAAAAGA